GUGUUUAGUUGCUCCCUAGCUGGGUCGCGAGUGGGACGUGUUACGGUUCACGAUAUUUCCCGCUAAAAUUUACGUAUAACAAUCGUCCUCAAAAUAUUUUUCUUUGUUACGAAUCGACGGAGAACUAAAGCUGUAUAGUAUAUCAACGUGUUAUUAUAAAUUUGUGUAAUAUUUAUCGUGUCAGUUGAAAUAUUUUGUGAAUUUAUCAUUCGUACUGAAUCAAUAUUUUUGGUGGUUAUCGGAUUUCAGAGAAAACACAAUAAAGUAAGUUCACUGACUAGAAGCUGAGUCUCAAACAAGUUACAUCGGCCGGGAAUAGAAAAAUUUGCAGCUAAUAUCAUAUUUGUAUCAAGGCUCGGGUCGUACAGUGAAAAGUGCUUAGCCAAUGUUCAGGAGGUGGCAGCUUUAGUGUAUUAUUGAAUGUGGCGUAUCGGAAGCUGAUCGAGCUGGCGUGGUACGGUAGCGGGGGGGCGAUGCAGGCGGGAGGGGGGUGGUUUGUGCCUUGGACGAUGGGGGUACAAAAGUUCGCGGUAGCGCUGCCGAUGGGUGGUGUGGUGCCAUUGGUACCGCCACUGUUAGCAGCAUUGCCACCACAGCCACCGCCGCUCAGACUCAUCGCUCCGCCCUUGGCACAUCAAUCGCAAUCUGGCAGGAAGGGUGAGAAAGACAACGCCAAAAACUGCAUACUAUCCUGCGAGAAGCGAAAAGCAGACGAUUCGGACGUCAACAAAGAUUUGAAAAAGGCUAAACUCGAAACAAAAGCUCUGAAGGCAAAAAGACCUGGGUUCACGGAUGACAGAUACAACGAAACAUCUUAUUAUAUAGAAAAUGGACUUAGAAAAGUUUACCCCUACUAUUUUACGUUCACAACCUUCACUAAAGGGAGAUGGGUAGGUGAGAAGAUACUCGACGUUUUCGCGAGGGAGUUUAGAGCUCAUCCCGCUGCGGAGUACGAGAGAUGCAUCAGGGCUGGCACAUUAACGGUCAACUAUGAACGUGUCGAUCCAGAUUAUAGGCUGAAACACAACGAUCUCUUAGCGAACGUCGUCCACAGGCACGAAGUACCAGUCACCAGCCAACCGAUCACCCUCGUACAUAUCGACGAGGACAUUGUGGUUGUCAACAAACCAGCCUCUAUCCCCGUACACCCGUGCGGGCGGUAUCGACACAACACAGUUGUUUUCAUACUUGCCAAGGAAUAUAACCUCAAAAACCUUAGAACCAUUCAUAGACUCGACAGGCUAACUUCCGGUCUCCUAUUAUUCGGGAGAAGUCCAAAGAAAGCCAGGCAAAUGGAACAUCAGAUAAGGAACAGACAGGUGCAGAAGGAAUAUGUUUGUCGAGUCGAUGGAGAGUUUCCUGACGAGGAGAUCGAAUGUACGGAACCAAUAGAGGUAGUGAGUUAUAAAAUCGGCGUUUGUAAAGUGUCACAAAAAGGGAAAGACUGUUCCACUACGUUCAAGCGAUUAGGAUACAAUACGAAAAGCAACACCAGCGUUGUGCUCUGUCGACCAAAAACAGGCAGGAUGCAUCAGAUCAGGGUUCAUUUACAAUACCUAGGUUACCCGGUCGUGAACGAUCCAUUGUAUAAUCAUCCUGUAUUCGGACCCCUUCGUGGUAAGGGUGGUGAUACAGGUGGUAAGACUGACGAACAGCUAGUGAGAGAUCUGAUCGCUAUACACAACGCCGAGAACUGGUUAGGUGUUGACGCCGGUGACGAUGAUAUGCUGUUCUCCAAACCGGUAGCUGGUGACAAAGUUGAGGAUGAAUGUGAGGCUGGGAUGGCGUCGAGGGAGUCGUCUCCGAGGUUGGAGUCACCAGCCCCCGGGCUCACACCGGCCACUGUAAUGACUGCAAUACUGGCGAGUCCAUCGAGUGGAUCGGAGGCCCCAGCAGAGGUCAGGUCCCCCGCACACUCACCCUCACUUAACGAGGACUCGAAUGACGCCAAGUCAGACAAAGUGACAGUAGCGACACAGACCGGGUGCACACCGGCGCAUGUCGUACCAAACGUGUCCACUGGUGUUUCGACAAGUGUGUCCAAUGUCACGGGCGUGUACACCACCAGCCAGGAACUGACGGUGGACCCGCACUGUUACGAGUGUCGCGUGAGGUACAGAGACCCACGGCCUAGAGACCUUGUUAUGUUCCUGCACGCUUGGAAAUACAAGGGGCCGGGUUGGGAAUACGAAACGGAACUUCCACAGUGGGCCGACAUAGACUGGGAAGAAUCGGAGAGCUCGUAGUCACAGAAGAAAAAACGCGCCUCGCAAUGAAAACAGACCAAAUAAAUAAACAUAUAUAGUUGUACGGUGGUGGAAAACUAGAAGGCCUCUUACGAUCACAGCCGGUCAUCGCCCCCGGACUAGAAACGUGAAUGAAGCUAUACAAGGUAUUCGUGGUUUUAAAAUACGUUUAGUAAUAAUUAUAAUAAAAACGUUUUCGGUGAAUAAUUUACAUGUAUAUAGUCUGCGAGGCGCUCAGCUAGGGCCCGACCCAACAAGAAAACCAGUCGGGAAGUAGGUUUUGUAAUUAGAUAAGUUAGAUGGACUUAUUUUAUUAGGUGGUCGCACCUCCGGAAAUUCCUCGUUUAUUUUAUAUUUUUGUAGGGAUUAUUUUUUUGUUUUAUCGGACCCGUUACGUUCCUAUGUGUUUGAAGCUUCGUAGUAUUAAUGUUUUGCAGUUUUGUAUGAAUCUUAAUAGAUUUACCUGAUUAAGGUCGCAGGGUACGAGGGUCGUCGAUGUACGGAACCAACACUAUCAUUUCUAAAUUUGAUAUAUCUAAUACGAUUUCGUUUUUUAUCUGUCCCUUUACUAUAAGUUUGCAGCGACAAACAGAACAGAGAAUUUCAAGUUUAUCAUUUAUUAACCUAAGUUGGUCACAUGCUGAAAUAUACGAAUGACUUCAAACUAUCCGUAUGAAGUGUGAGCAUGGAAACUUAUAGUAAAGAUACCGAAUCCUUGUGAUUUCUAAGCCUAUGGUUAGUAUUUCGGACCAGUUUUAACUGUUUUAAGUAGAAUCGAUCGUACGUCACUCGAUAUUGUAUGAAAUUGUUAACGACUAAUUAUAAUUAUCGUUAGAGUAACGCAUUGUGCGUGCGGUCCUACCGACCGAUGAGUUUUUGGCUUCCAUAGUGUUGUGUAGACUAUAGAUUAUCUCGGAUAUUUUGUACUUUAAAUACAUCUAAUAUAAAGACGAAUUUCGCUUAUUAAUAGUAUCUUGUACUCAGUUACACUACCACGUGUUUUUUUUUUUUUUAUUAACUCGCAACAGUCGAACGUCUAAGGUUCGUUCGACAUAACCAAAGUCGUCUAAUGAUUAUCCAAAGAAUGAUUUUAUAGCCAACUUAUAACCGAACAGUCCGAAGCAGCAGUUUAAAGACAUGUGUAAGAUUUAUUACUUGUUUUAAAUUUUCAUAAAUCAUAAGAAUCGAGUGUGUCUAAUUUAAGAAUAACAUGUGUAGCUUUUUGGAUUGUUUUAUUAUAUAUAUAAACGUAAUAGGUUUGACGUCUGUUAAUUUAUUUCCGAUCUAUUUAUUAGAUUAGUAAGUAUUUAAAUGUAAAAGACAAUUCUUAUAUUUAGAUGAAAAUAUUUUCACGAGCUUUCAUAUACGCGUCUGAAAUUAUAUAUUUUUCUUACACUUAGCGUAGUCUGUAUGUAUUUUAUUUCUAUAUAAAUGUAUCCGUAAUGUAUAUAUCAUGUUUGUUUUGAUGCCGUUGUGUUUUACCAUGUAUGUAUGCACGUCACACUCCAGUCUAUCUGCCGCUCACGAGAUACGUAAUUGUACAUAGCUUGAUGUUACUACUGUUAGUUAUUUCGCGAUGUAUUUACCCCCGAAUAAAAUUAAACUAUUUUGGGAUCAAGUGUUGUAAGUAAGCUUUGUAUGGGGUUGCUUUAAAUAUAUAUAUAUAUAUAUAUAUAUAUAUAUAUAUAUAUUUAUUUAUAUAGUUUGUUAUCGAUGGGGCAUUCGUUUUGUUAAAUUUUAAUAUUCUAGUGUCUAUUAUGGGUAACUAGUUAUCUGUGGCAUAUCAAGCGCGGAGAGACGUGACGUCGAUCCUUAAAUAAUUCGUUUUUAUUAUAGUAAAGGUAAUAAUGUUCACAAACAUUGUACUCCUGAUGCAACAUGUCGUAGGUUCAUUGACGAGGUGACUGACGCGGUCGAGUCUGUACGCUACGAACGCUCGUGAUUGUUGUAUGUAAAUUUAAUGAUGUUAGUUUUGUGCUUAUUACCAUUAAAAACUUUUUGGUCGCCUCGCCCUUGGUUUUGUUUAUUUGUAAGAAAAGUUUCAUGUGCCUUUUCAAAAUAAAAAUAAGAUUUUCAUUACAACACUUUGUAAUGUACAAUAUAAAGUAGGUUUACAUUUGGUACUGCCGUGUUAUUGAAGUGUGGCUAGAAACAUUACAGAUGUUUUAUAUGGGAUUUAAGAAAUUUUUAAUAAUGAUACACGAAGAAGCAUCUUCUUUUGAAAAAAUUUUUGAUACUGGCAAUAGUUUAAAAAAUAAUUCUUAUUUCUGGUCACACUAAUUUAGACAACGGACUAUUGUAAUAUGUUUUGCGAUGAUUUAUAUGGGUUUUUUUUUAUCUGUAUCUGUGCCAUUCAAGAUGGCGUCUCGUGUAUUAGUUGAUCUGUAAUAAUUUGAAUAACAUGAAAGACAUUUUGUUACUUUGUAGUUCGCUAAUUAAGGUUAUAAUAACUUCUCCUUCUUUAGAUUCGUGUAAUAGUAAUUCAUGUUUCCACUUAAAUUUAAUUAGAAUAAAAUUCAUCUUUGA